ACGACGGACCUGCAAUGAUGAUGGCAGCGUAGCGGCAGCAGCAACAGUAACAGCAGUAACACAACCAACAACAACAACCACCCGCCGCCACGAUGCCGAAGAAAGACGCAAUCCAAUCAAUCCAAUCAAGCAUGAAGGAUGAUGGUUCUGGGACUCCGCAAAACGGACGAACUCACUCUCGAACAUACUGUACCUACCUACAGACAGAGACGCCCGACGGACGUGAAGCGCGCGCCCCGCCCCGUCGCCUCCUUCCCGACGCGGAAGAAAAUGAAGACACACUACACUGGUUUCAGCGUCUUACCUUAUACCGUAGCAGUGGCAGUAGUAGCAGCGGCGUCACCAACAGCAGCAGCAGCAAUAACCAUAGGUACGGUACCCACGACGACAACAGCAACAACAACAUCAUCAGCACACAAUCCGCACACAGUCCACACACAAUCCACACCCCCCCAAAAAGGCAAAGGGGAGCGGGGGGGGAGAGCGCGGUAUCGUUUACGCAACAACAGCAACAGCAAGUAGCAGCAAGCAGCAGCAGUUUAAAAGCGGGAAGUUGCCAGCCCCCCACACACGACAAGCAGCGACCGACCGACUGAACUAACCCGGGGUAUAGUCUAAUGAAGGGGAAAUAACUAGGAUAGAAGCACGAGCAAGAAAAAAAGUGCAGGAGCAUAAAAAGGGAAAAGCAGCAAGAAAAAGCAGUGAAAAAGCAAAAAGAAAACGCAAAAUCAAAGAAAGGCAAAAUAAGGCAGCAGGUUGGGUUGGGUAGAUAGAUAAAUAGUUAGGAAAC